UCUGUUUUCUUAUAAAUAUGGAUGUUUUGAGCACAAAGGAAGCAGAACAAGUGAAGAAGAAGAAGAAGAAGAAGAAGAAGAAGAGGGAAACUGAGAAGGCAGAGUCAAGAUGAGACGCGCUCAGACAUCUCACUGGAACGGUCAAAUGCAUGAAAAGUGGGUCAAAUCCAGUGAAGACGCAAUCUACAUCUCAGCCAAAGCCAUGCAAAUAGCUUGGGGCAAAGAUGAAAGAUUCUGGAAGUGGAUUAAUCUUUCCAAGGACGAGCUUCCCAGAGAUUUUGCCAGACAUGAACUCAGCUUUGACAGUGCUGCAGAGCUCGUCCAGGUGAAAUGUCUUCAGGUAACAGGAAUUCUGGAUCUGGCGACUCACGGCCGUCGUCUACACGCAUUCAAAACUUAUGAGAUCAUCUAUCACGUUAAGUUCAAGGUGGAUGCAUUCGGGUGGAGCAAAACCCCGGUGACGUUUCUGCAUGGGACGAGGAAGACGAAGAAGAGGGGUUACGAGAUGGUGGCUCUGUCGCGGAGGAGCAGAUCAGGAGUGGGCGAGUGGCAAGAAAUCCGUGGAGGGGAGUUCAAACCGAGUGCAUUCAUGGCUGCAGCUAGGAAGGUCGAGUUUGGGAUGCUUGACGUGGAGAGUGAAUGGUGGAAGGGUGGCAUGGUCUUUGCAGGGGUUACUAUAAGGCCCUCAAGGAACUGAAAAUCUGGAGACUGCUAUACUAGAGUGAAUACAAAUUUACAUUAAAGUAAAAUAAAAUGGAAUUCGCUGUUAAUUUAUAUUUUCUGUAUGUUAAUUUGUGUGUAUGCAUUUGUGGAGAUGGUUGUUUUUGACCAUGUCUUUGAUUAUGCUGCUUUGAGAGUUUUAUCAGGUA